AUGAGUCAAGAUAACGUCAGUAAUACUAAUGAUAAUCAUGAACGCGACGAUCAUAAGAGGAGACCGCGUAAAAAGCGUAAGAACUUCCUUGCGAACGCAAAAAAAUAUGCUAAAAAGGGACAAAUGGGGCGAGGAACGAAGAUUCCUGAAGAAUUGUACCAAUAUUUCGUUGGUAUCUUAGACGCUAUGAAGCAGGGGAUUGAAGACAAGGAUGAGAGAACUGCCCUAGUAAAUAAUGUAUUGGAACGCACGAAAGGAGAAGAACAGAAUGUGAUCGGCAACCAGCUCGGUUGCAGAGUUGUAGAGCUCUUACUGCCCUUUGCAUCCCCAGAAGACCUAGAACGGUACAUGGAAGUCCUGUCACCAGACCUACGUAGACUCUGUUCUGACAACUUCACCAGUCAUGUGGUAGAGACCUUACUAAGAGCAGCCUGUGAACGAGCUACAGAACAUUUACAAACCGGUGAAGACAAUUCAUCAGACUCUGAUGAAGAAGAAGCACCGAAGAAAAAGAAGGCAAAACUAGAACCGAAACCGGAAAAGAAAUAUGAUGAGGAUCACAUUAAGAAAUGCUACGAAUUUACUAUUAAAAUAUCUAAAUAUGCUCUGAAUAACUUAGAAGAUUUCGUGUGGGAUCAAUAUGCAAAUCAUAUACUCCGUAGUGUACUUAAAUGUCUCAGUGGCAUAACAUUACUACCGGGAGAGAAGCCUAAAGUAAAUAUAUUUAAAGACAGUAUAGAUGACGGUAAAGGCAUUCCACCUCACACAGGUAAAAUGGUAUACAAGACAGUUCCAGACGAAUUCAAACAAAUAGUCAAAGAGUUUGUGCACCGAUUGACUUCGUGGCCACAGUUUAAAGACCUACCGUACCAGAAUAUUACUUCUGGGUUAGUUCAAGUACUGUUGUACGCAAUUAAGAAUGUUGAUAAGAAUCUGACGAAGGAGUUGUUACGUCAACUGUUGGAUGAGAGCUUUGCUCCGGAGGGCUGGGUGAACAAUGGUACGGAUGAUAAGAAGGAGGUCAAGGAUGGUGAAGGAGUAGCCGUGGAUACUUCGAAUCUACCGCCGGUGUUCGAAUCUGAGCCUGCCGUGAGGAUGUUAGAGGCGGCGCUCUUCGUGUCGAAGAAGAAGACAUACACGCAGAUAUACGCGCGCUGCUUCAUCAACCGGCUCGGGCAGCUCGCCUGCAUGCCCAUGCUCAACUACACCGUGCAGCGACUCAUUGACAACUGUCAGGUCAAGGAAGAGUUCGAGCCAAUGUUCGACGAGCUCUCAGAUCGUAUGAGCGCCCUCCUCGCCUGCGGUAACACUGGCGUACUGGUCGCACUCGCCAAGGCAUGCCUCAGGCUCAAGGCUAAACAGGCACAGUAUCUUAAUAGUCUAGAAGCAGCCCUCGACUGCUCCUCCGCGGAGCACCAGAAGUACUUCCCAGUACUAUGUCUGCGCCUAUUGCCGCGGGAGCGCGUGGACCUCGCCGCGCUGGACAAGGACUACUUCAUUCAUGUACACGGGUCUGUCAUACUACAGGCUGUACUGGACUUCCAGCGUCCAGCAAAAGCAGUAUCAGGUCUUCUAGAGCUGACGGGAGACCAGCUCCUCAUCAUAAUGUGUGAUGCCAAGGGCUGCCAUGUCGCUGACGCAUUCUGUAAGGGACAGUUUGUGGGAGUCAAGGCACGGGACAAACUUAUAUGGAGGCUGAAGGGUUACUACCAAAAGCUAGCAUUAUCCCAGUACGGGUCGCGGGCUUUAGAGCAAGUAUUCCAAGUAGCUUCUCUGGAGCAGAAGAUAAAAAUAAUGACAGAAUUGUCAGAUAAGAGCAAUCUUCUGAACAGUACACAGUAUGGUCGUCUGAUUGCUAGCAAAUUAGAAGUGGACACGUUCAAACUGUCGCAGAAGAAAUGGGAGGAGACGUGGAAGAAAAAAGAGGUUGUUAAUAAAUGA